AUGACUGACAAUGCUAUUUAUUCCGUUUUAGAGCUUUCUACUGCAUCCCAAGCCCAGAAUGACUACAGACUGCAGCAAAAAGCUUCUUCUUCAAGAUCCCCUCUCUCUUACUACGUGGCAGUAGCGUUGGGGCUUCUGUGUGCCAUUCUAGUGACUUUGCUGCUUUCCCAGUGGAUUCUGUGCCGGGGUUCCAAGUUCUCCACUUGUGCCAGCUGUCCUAGCUGCCCAGACCUCUGGGUGAGGUAUGGUGACCAUUGUUAUUACUUCUCAGUGGAAGAAAAGAACUGGAAUUCUAGCCUGGAAUUCUGCUUAGCCAGAGAUGCACAUCUCCUUAUGUUUAAAGACAACCAGAAAAUGUUCCCGCUCCGAAAUUUCCUCAGUCAGGACUUUUACUGGGUUGGUCUGAGAAACAAUUCUGGCUGGAGGUGGGAAGAUGGAUCAGCCUUAAACGCCUCAAGAAUAUUUUCAAACAGCUUGGUACAGAAGUGUGGUACCAUCAGCAAAAGUGGUCUCCAAGCCUCUAGCUGUGAAGUUGCUUUACCGUGGGUCUGUAAGAAGGUCAGACAUUGAUGAAUGGUCAGUCUGUCAUGUGGCUCCCUAAAAAGAGGGAGCUGGCCUCUGGAUGUCAGGUUAGUCAUGGGUACAUAUUUAGUGAGUGCUACCCUUCUAGGAUAUGCAUUAGAUGUGAGAUUAAUGCUGCCUCCCUGGGAUUGAUGGUUUCUUGCUGGACUUUCUGAGAGUAUUUAGAUAUUAUCUUAACAAUUUAAAGACUGGAUGUAGGCAAAUUUGUGAAAUAGAUGUGCCUUUAGUAUUUCUCACUCUAGUGACUAAGGUUGCCUCCUUCAACGCCAUCAUCUCUGUCAAAAAUGUACUUUUUCUACGUUAUAUUCUGAGCUCGGCUGAUGAAAUCUGUGCAGAUAUGUACUAUUGCCAAUGUUCUAGAGGGUUUUUAUGUGUGCCAGUGGGUUGACAUGCUACUCCUCGCUGAUAAUAUAUUUUUAUCCUAACAGUGGUCCUUUGCAGAUAAAGCUUUAUUCUAAAGAAUGAUGCUAAUGGUGAGAAAAUAAGCUGUGGAAGGUGAAUGAGAGCAGGGUGGUGCUUUGAUUCUCAGCUCUUCACACUUCCUCAAAGAGCUGGCCUUGACGGAAUUUAGUUUUUCUGAGAACACAUAGGUGUGGUUGAAUAAACCAAUGUGUGACUGUCUUUUCCAUGUUUUGAAUGCGAUUUGCACAUUAAUUUCACAAUAGUGGUCAAUCUGGUAAGGCAUUUUUACAGAGGAAAAUUUACAGAAGCAGUUUAUGAGGUUGAUCCCCCAAUUAUUUUUGGCACAAAUUCCUCAAAAAUGAGAAAAACUUUAUUAUUUCUCCUUAGUAAGGUUGGGCAUAGAUAAGGAGGCAAGGUGUUGUUUAAAGAUAUAGGAGGGAGUGAUGAAGGAAACCAUAAUUCUGUACUGUUGAUGACACUGGAUUGUGAUGUUUACUUGUCUUUCCCUUUUGUAUUUUUAGGACAUGGGCUGUAUCUUAUCCACCCUUGUAUCCCAAACACCUAAAAUAGUGUUUGCUUGUAUCAGUGAAUAUUCAAUACCUGA